GUGUAAUUAUUAUGUGCACCGGAUGCAGAGGCAGCAAGUAUUCAAUAUUUUGAUACAAAAUAGGUGGUACAAAAUAGGUAGGCCUACAAAGGACUAGGUGUGUUUGAAGUACUCAGCAAGUGGUUUUUUUUUUACAAAGAGAUAUAAGCUUUUUACUGGAAUAGGUUCAUUUAAAUGCAAGCAUGAUCUCUUGACCUUUGCUGAAGGAUGGCAUUGCUGAACAUUAUUGUGACCUUGACCUUAUUGUGUGUAACCAUAGAAACCAAAGAGGAACUGAAUCUAGAUGAUGUGUCAGCCAUAGUUGGAGAGAAAUUUGAUUACCAGAUUGGGGAUGAAGCCUUUCAGUCAACAUAUAAAAUUUACAGGAUGGUACAGAGAGGUCAAAGGAAACUUCCUAACUGGUUGACCUUUGACACAAAUUCGAGUAUGCUGAUUGGCUAUCCAAAGACAGAAGAUGUGGGCAUGUACACAUUGAGAAUGAGAGCCCAGUGUAUAGACCCAACAGUUUCAAAAUGUCAGGACAAACUCUCCCGAACAUUUCACAUUAAUGUUAUGGAGCCCUUGAUAUCGGCGGAAUCUAGGGGUAGAAAAACUUUUUCUAAGCAUGGAAAGAAAGAAAAGUGGAGAUUUACUAACAUGCAUAAUGGUAACGCAGGGUUGUAUGUGGAGUAUGAUAUAUCCAGGCAUGGUACAGUAGUAGAAAAUAAGUCUGGUAUGCUAGAUUCAGGUUCAGAGCAUGUGUUGUCUUAUGGUGCCUUGUAG